AUGGUCAAACCACCCAACCUCGGCCCCCAAUCCAUCCAGGCGCGCAUCUCACAUCUCCUCAACCACUGGCCCUCCGAUCCUGUCCGCCCAGCCUCCGUCUCCGUCCAAACCUACCUUCGCUCCCGCCUCCCUCCCCAAUCCUCCGCACAGCAACAACCACCGCAGUCGCAGUCGCAGUCGCAACCGCAGUCCGCGCCGGGCGGCGAAAUCUCAGAGGCCUCGUUAAACGCCCUGUCCUCGUUGCUGGAGAACCGCUACGCCCGGCGGUAUCCGCUGCCACCGAAGUUGCGACGGCCCGCCAGCAACCCGGACCAUUACGAUAAUGUGAUCAAGGAGUUUGCGGAGGCGCCGUCGCGAGACUGGUUGGGGCGAUUGGGGAAGAGGAUGAGGGGGCUUUUCAGGUUGAAGUAA